AUGGCAACCGAGUUGCUUAGCAAUAAAGAAAUGGGGAGCAGUACCUACACUUACUCCAGCCACCCUCGGGUUGUGCAAAACCGCAAGAAAUAUAGGACACUUGAACUACCAGUGUGAGUAUCAUAUUUCUGUAGUUCAUCAAAUUACAGAUUGAGCUAAAUUCCACUACCACCUGUAUGCUGAUGACACUCAGAUAUACCUCUCCCCUGCCGUCCUGCAACGUGUCACUGCUUGCCUUUCUUCCAUCUCUGACUGGAUGUCCUCGUGCUUUCUGAAACUCGUUCUCUCUAAAACUGAACUCCUUGUCUUUCCUCCUCCUCCUAAUACUGAUCCUCCUCUCUCCCAGAACAGACAACAGCCCAAAUUUGGUGGGUCCCCGCUCAAAUAUCAAGCUGGUUUCACUCAUCUUGUGCUAUUACAAAAUUAACACUCAAUUAUUUUACUUCUUAAAACCUGCAUGUGACAUGUGACAAAAAUAUAGCCAGUCAGAUAAUAUGUGCUAUUUAAUUUCACUCGUUGCUGGGGCCCUGGUUGCUUAGGACCUGGCAGGAAGAGAUUUAUUUUUUUAAAGAAAUAAAAUAUAUUUGAGCUUGUUAGCAUUUCUUCUUUUUGCCUGCAGUACCAAACAUGACCACAUGAGUGUAGGAAAGAACAUUAAUUUCAGUAGCGUAAAAGGUCAGUCUAGGCACCACAUCCACUAUGUACAAAUGUGGUUAUGGUACUAAUGUUGCACAUGCUGUGCCCCAGUAUGUUGUCAUAUCACUUGAAAACAUGGCAGCUCCAGACACCAUCAGCACAGGUUGCAUGUCUUUUCCUAAUGCAGAAUUUCCACAUACUCAUUCAUAAUAUCAGUUUCAUCCAUUUCAAUGCAUUUUUGGAUUUAAAGUAUGCAUGAUAUGGAGUUUCCUCAUUAGCAAAAGUUGAGCAGAGGGCCUCUAUGACACCUAGUUUGGACAUACUGCAAGAAAACGUUAAAACCAAGAACUGAAGAUCUAUGCCUACAGCCUUGUUGCAUAAACCAUUAACUGAAAAACAUAUAGGUCUACUGGCGCCUUGAAACUAAUGUGAAAACCUUAAAUUAUAUAAUAUUACUUAUAAUCAGCUGCUGCUUACUAAAUUAGAAGACCCACCUCCUACUUAUGCUGGCAAAAUUUACCAGUAAUGCUCUGAACAUAACUGAACAAAGUAAGCUGCACUAAAAGUGUCAAUUUAAAAAGUAACAUUUGCUAAAAAUGUCAAUAUAAAAAUACAUUAUGAACAGUAUUCAUAACAAUAUAGAAGUUAUUGCAGUAUAGAGCAAAAAUGAAAACAGAUGUAUAAACAGAUUAAUGAAUAGCAGUAGUAUAUAAAUUUAAUAAAGGCUGCAUCUUUGGAUAGGAAAAAGAAAAGAGGGGUGGCUAUAAUCUUCUCGAAAAGAAUAAAUAAGUUAAAUAUGAAGAAGCAGAUAUAGAGGGCCGGUAUCAGAUAUUAAUAUGUAAGAUGGAAGAGAAAGUUUAUACUUUGGUAAAUAUUUACCUUCCUAAUGUACUACCAACUAAAUAUUUCAGAACGAUUAUAGAAAAAGUAGAUAAGGUUAAAAUAGGGCUACUAGUUAUUUCGGGAGAUUUUAACUGUGUGCUAGAUACAGAUCUAGAUAAAAAAAAAUAGUAAAUCCAUAACUAAACAUCUGAUAAACCAAGCUAGGAUAUUGAGAAAUAUACUUCAAGAAAACAACCUAUUAUACAUAUGGAGGGUAUAUAAUCCAGAAGAAAGAGAAUAUACGCACUUUUGAAAAGUGCAUUUUUCUUUUUCUAGAAUAGAUUUUGUAUUGGGCGAAGCAAAGCUAGUAGACCAAAUAAAAGAUAUACAUAUAGAAGAGAAUAUUUGGUCAGACCAUAGCUAUAUUAUUUUUAAUACAAAAGCUGAAAAGAAGUAUAGACCUAAUACGACUUGGCGUCCAGAUGAUAAUAUUCUGAAUGAUAAUGCAGACCAAAUACGAAUUGGGGAAUUGAUAAAAUGGUAUUUCAAAGAGAAUAAUACGGAGGAACUUUCGGCAGCAACAAUAUGGUGUGCAUUUAAAGCGGUUGUAAGGGGGUAUUUGAUUAAACUUAAUAAAAAGAUUCAGAGAGAAAGAGGUCAAACCAGAGAAAAGCUAUAUAUAGAAUACUAUUUGCUGGCUAGAAGAAAUAAAAGGUUGUUAACUAGCGAUUCACUUAAGCAACUUUUGGAGAUUAAAAAGAAAAUAGAGAACGACUAGAAAAAAAUUUGGAGAGAAUGAAAGUAAACUUUUAUUAUGAUAAUAUCAAUAAAUGGUUAACUAAAAAACUGAAGAAAACAAACAGUAAGAAUAUGAUUAGUAGUAUAAGAAAAGAUUCAAUAUUAUAUAAAAAAACAGAAAGUAUAGCCAAAGCAUUCCAAAAAUACUAUGAAGAACUGUAUAACUUACCUAAUCAACCAAAAGAGGAGACAAUAAAAGAGUAUUUGAGGGAAAUACAUUUUCCAAAGCUUACAGAGGAACAAAAAAAAAAUAUUAAAUGCCCCUUAGCAAAAGAUGGAAUUUAUAGCUGCCAUUAAGACACUUGAGAGAUAUAAAACUCCUGGCCCAGAUGAUCUGACCAAUAGAUUCUAUAAACUGUAUGGAGAUAUCUUGGUAGAAUACUUAACUAAUACAUAUAAUGAAAUCUCACUGAAAGGUAUAGGUCCAAAAGAAUUAUUACAGGCAAAUAUAAUCCCAAUUCAUAAAAAAGAUAAAGACCCUCAAGAAUUAAAAAGCUAUCAUCCAAUCUCGCUUAUCAAUGUGGACUCCAAAUUAUUUUCAUCCAUACUGGCGGAUAGAUUUAAAAAAAAAAAUAGUUAAGGAUUUGGUGGAUAGAGAUCAGGUAGGGUUUGUCCCUACUAGACAAGCGAGUACCAAUAUAAGAAGACUGAUUGAUUAAUGUUUUGGAUUGGGGGGAUAGAACCCAGAUUCCCCUCCUGACCCUGUCAUUGGAUGCAGAAAAGGCCUUUGACAGGGUCGGGUAGGGAUUUAUGAUGGGGGUUUUGAAGGCAAUGGGUGUAGAUGCUCGGAUGUUGACAGCGAUAGGUUCUAUCUACCAAAAUCUGAUGGCGAGGGUGGUGGGUAUGGACUUAUGCUCAGAUUGGUUUCCACUAAACAAUGGCACCCGACAAGGGUGGCCGUUGUCCCCUAUAUUAUAUAUCCUAUCAAUGGAAGCUCUUGCCAUCAGAAUAAGAGAUAAUCCUGAUAUUAAGGGGGUACCUACCCCUGAUAGAGACCUAAAAAUUAGCAUGUAUGCAGACAACACAAUUUUGACUCUUACAGAUCCUAUCCAAUCGGUCAAUAACUUGAUGAAGGAAAUAGAAGCAUUUAGCAAUAUCUCAAAUUAUAAGAUAAAUACAGAAAAAACAAUAGUGAUGUUUAAAAAUUGUAAGAUAGAGUAGAAGAAGGAAUUUUUAAAGACGCAUGGUUUUACGGAUGCUAACGGUAGCUUUGAAUAUUUGGGAGUAAUAACGGAAAAGAUAGAAAACAUGACAGAAACUAAUUUUACAAGGCUUCUAAAAUCCACCGGGAUAUCGUUAAAAAAGUGGAAUCAUUUGUUUUUUAGUUGGAUGGGAAGGAUAAACAUAAUAAAUGCAUUCAUAGUCCCAAUAUGGACCUAUAUUUUUUUUUUUUUUUUUUUUUUUUAAUUUAUUUAUUUUUUUUAGAAUGGUUCCCCUAAAAAUUCCCUUACCAUGGUUGGAGAUAAUACAAAGGAUUUUCAAGAAUUUUAUUUGGAAAGGGAAAAAACCUAGGAUUAGCUUAGACCAAUUAACGAAUACUAUAGGGCAAGGAGGGGUAAACUUUCCAAAUAUUGUAAGACACUAUGAAGCCACCAUUAUAUACCAUAUCCAAUUAUUGGGUAAAAAAGAUUCUGAAAAAACUGGAUGGUUUGGAAUAGACUCAAUUAUUGAAUGAGAAGGAAUUAAGAAGAUAUCUCUGGCAAUCCAAGAAUACUGGGAAGAAAGUUAAAAAUAUAGUUUUAAAUCAUUUAUUUAAUAAUUGGUUUAUGAUAAGGAAAAAAUUUAAAAUUCUGGGUAAUAUUUAUGGAGAUAGAAAUAUUGGAGGCCUUAAUGCCCGAUUUAAGAAUAGAUACUUGGAAAGAUCGGAAUAUUCAAUCAUUGGACGACAUAAUAAUAGGGGAUAAAAUGAAAGACUUUCUAACUCUGUCUAAAGAAUUUACCUUCCACAAAUAGAUUUAGGUAUCUAAAAAUAAAGUCCUUUGUAGGGAAAUCCCUUGAUAAGGGUAAAACUACUAGUAGUGGUCUAAUAAAGCAAAUUUUUGGAAGUGAAAGCCUUAGGAAAAAUAUGGCUAAUUGUUAUGCAUUGAUAAGAUCGGCUCCUAAAGACAUAAGGUCUAAACAAAUAAAAAGAUGGGAAAAGGAAUGUAAUUUAAAGAUUGAUCUCACGAGCUGGGGUAAUAUGAUGAUAAAGGUAAAAAAAAAUAUUCAUAAUACGAUUCUGUUUGAGACGCAUUAUAAAAUAUGUUAUCGUUGGUAUUUUGUGCCAAUUAGACUAAAUAGAAUAGAUCAUAAGGAGUCGGACAUUUGUUGGAGAUGUGGGAGUGAAAUCGGAAGUUUUAUCCAUAUUUGAUGGAGUUGUAAAUUAAUUAAGAAAUUAUGGGAUGAGGUUUUCAGAAGACUAUAUGUUUGGGAUAAAAUAUGGAUAGAAAAAUCUCCAACCUCUGUGCUUCUACAUCUCCACUGGCCUGAAAUGUCAUUAUAUCAACAAUUUUUAACUAUACAUUCAUUCAUGGCCGUGAAGAUUCUGAUAGCAAGAGGCUGGAAAUACUGUAAGGUUAUUGAGUGUAAGCACUGGGAAAAACAGCUGCUGUCCCAGAUUAAGAAUGAGAUGUGUGUGUGUGUGUAUAUAUAGGGGGAAAGAAAAUGUAAAGAAAUAUGAGAUGGGAAUAAAAUGUAUACAAAUUAUAGAAGAUAGUAGAAACCUAGGAGUAGUUCACUAAGUCACUUCAGUGUAUUGACCUGUUUAAAAAAUAAGAGACAUAUAUUGUUUCCUAUGUAUGCUGUGUCCUUAUCCCACUUUGUAUGUGUAUGAACGCUGUAUGCUUAGAAGUAAUUGUCUAGAUUGUAUGUUAGAUAUUUAUUGUUGUUUUAAAGUGGUAUGAGAUACCUGUAAUUUAUUUUUGUGUAAAAUUAAAGAUUUACAGAGGGAAAAAAAAAAAAAUAAAGGCCACCUUUAAAAAUAAAAUAAUUUGAAUACUGUUUGGUCUUGUAAUGGAUUCUGAAAUUUACCUUGCAAAGAAUAAAUUGUUAGCAAUAGGUAUCAAAUGUAGAAAAGUUUUCAUGUGUAGGAAUUAAUAAACAUAAUACACCCUAAAAGUACAGGUUGUGCUUAAGUACAAAUGAUAUCUGUGGAUUUAAAACCUAUCUCUUGUUUUGCACAUGGAGAUUACCUUGCAUAGUCAUUGCAUUUGCAGUGGGCAUCAAGAAGAGUACAAUCUCCACAUGUUAAAAGUACAAAAAAACAACCUUUAUUAUCAAUUAAAUAUAUGCUUACAAAAUUACUGUUCCAAAUGUGCUUAAUACCUCUGUUGUGGUCUGUGCUGAGCAGAGGUCCAAGACUCACAUCCACUGCAGGCUCUCUUUCCCAGGCUAAGCGUCCACCAUAAGUUCUGCUUUCUCCGUUACCUUGGCAACCAAACAUGCUUCAUCCAUCACUGGAGACUUUCUCAAUGGCUUGUAAUGGCAGUAAAUGUUAUUUUUAUAGUCUAACUUCGUGAUAUCAAUUAUGUAUUUUGUGUUAAUGAAUAUUAUCUUUACAAAUUACACCAUCCCAUAAGAAAGUAUUUGUAGGCUAUUGCACAUGCGUGGCAAAACAUCGACCUGCGCCCAUCAGCAUGUCCUCAUAGAGAUGCACUGAAUCAGUGCAUCUCUAUGGGGAACAUUCAGCGCAUCCAUGCACAUGCAUGCCUUCUAUAUCUGAAAAUUCAGAGGAUGGAUGCCAACAGAGGAGGAGUGGAUAUUACCACUGGAGGCAACUUUGGGGUCAACCCAUCAAGGUAAGACUGUCUCCAGGGGCCUCCUGGCAUCAUAACAGCUUAAUUUAGAUGAAGUUGUUUUGGUGCCUGGAGUGUUCCUGUUAAGUGGGCAAAUUAGAUUUAGUGCUUUUUAUAUGCUAUUGACUCUGUGGAAAGAAUGCCUAUGUAUAUAUUGUACAUCUAGAGUCAAAUUGUCAUUUUAUCUCUAAAAUUCAAUUCGCAAAAGAUUAGCAUUUACAGUUUGUAAUUGUUAUUUUGGAGACAUAUUUUGUAUAUUCUCUAGCUUUCAAAAUAAGAUGAGUAUAGAAUUGUUUUCAAAGAUAUCAAAUAAUAUGACACGUUGUUUAAACAAAUUUUGUCCAAUACAUUUUUUUCUUAACCUGCCAAUUUUCCUGGUACACAUGAUCAGCUAUUACAUUGAAUCUAAUUAUUUACAAAUAUUACAAACAAUUGUAGCGCAAUACAAAAAUUCUCAGGAUGCAAAUCUUUGACAGAUUGCAUAUUUCAUAAUGGAGGGAUGCUGUGUUUAAUCACUUUAUUUCUGUAUGCAUGUAAGUUUUGUAAAAUUGUUGGAUUUUGUGAUUAUUUUCAAUGCAAUCUGUCUUUUUGUAACAAGUGAAUCCAGUCACCCUGGCCACUUCAAUAAUUUGAAGUGGUCAUGCUGCUUGAUGUUUGAAUGUGCGGCAUUCCACUGAAAAACACUAUGCUUUUGGAGGUGUAACUCCACAACCGGCAUUUCAUUAGUAGCCUGUUCUGCGUUCUGGCUUGGCUAAUGCAAUUACUAUGCAUAAAAGGUACCUCUCAUCAAGGGGGCCAUGCUAGCAAGGAGUAAUACAACCAAAAAUAGCAUAUUAAUAAAAAAUAAAACUGGUGUAAGUAGUGAAUCGUUUAAUUCAUAUCAACUUUGAAAAACAUUGGAAAACUAAGAGGGUACUACCUCUGUUGAUUUUGCUAGAUUUAUUUAUGUAUUUUGCAUAUAUUUUGAUACAUGUUCAUGCACUAAAACUGGUACAGCUCCAGUUUGAAGUGAAAAUUGAUGGAAAGUGAUCCUUAAACUCGGUUGCAUUUUAGGUUUGUGGAUUCAUUAUAUUUACUGCCACAAACCCCUCCAUCUAUACAUUAUGGUUUUCACUAUUUUAGAAUUACUAAGCACUAUUUUACUUGGAUCUUAUCUACACUGUGAUGUUUAUUGUAUAUCUAACAUGAAGAAGCCUUUAACCCCUUAAGGACCAAGCUUCUGGAAUAAAAGGGAAUCAUGACAUGUCACACAUAUCAUGUGUCCUUAAGGGGUUAAAGACUCAAGUGUAAUAUAGAGGUAAAUCAACAUAUACGGCUUGAACCAACACUUAACCUAUAGGGGGCAUAUUAUUGGUUCUUAGGAUGGCCAGGUUUAACGCGAAAACAGACAAGAGAAUAUUGUCAAGAUAUUAGCAAAAGGACAAGGACACGAGGUACAGAUAAUUAUUAAACAGCCAAGUCGGGGGAUACCAGAGAGCAGGAUAGUCAAGACAAGCCGGAUUAGAAUACCAAAAUAUCACACCAGAGCAAGGAAUGCACUAUUGGGUACUGCAGAGACGAGAACAAGGCAUUGGUGAUCUAUCACAAUGGACUUAUGUAGGUAUAGUGGGAUGGAUGCCGUCAUUCUUAUACUCCCAAAACAUAUGUGAGCAUUGUUAACAAGGCAACGCCACUAAACUUGUGUUAUUAUUUUGACGCACAGGUCAACUGUCAUAAAUUUACGCUGUGACACAGCAUCAAAAUUUCUGCCAGGCACAGGCAGUACAGGUUAAGGAUGCCAAUUGACCUGGGACCAGGUAAUAAGGCAGGAGUGAGCAGGUACCGUAACACCAGUAUAGGCACAUAUAAAAGGUUACACUGAAAAUCAGAUCUGUGUGCUCUACCUAAGAGGAUAGUUUGGAAAUGUGUCAGAUCCAAAUUAAUAUCCAAACAAUUUAAUGGAGAUUUAAAUGAUAAAGCGGAGAUGAUUAUCAUAGUUACGGUUGACCACUGAAAUUCAUGUAAUCUAUUUUUCUUUUCCUCCAGAAACAAUGAAACCUACAGUUAUGGUAAUAUUAUGUAUGACCGAAGGGUGGUACGUGGCAAUACCUAUGCUCAACAUAUUUUACCUGUGGUAAGCAGAACGAUUCUAUAUUUUAUUAACUGUAUUUUAACGCUUUGCUUUGAACAUUGUAACUGAAGGUGGACCUGACUAUUCCCAUGGCUCAUUAUUUUACAGUUUACCCAUGUCAAAUACGAACUAAACAGGUUUAUCAUAAUAACUACAUAAAACCAAAUAAAACCAUGAGCAUAGAAAAAAAGAAAUAAUUACUUAUUUGAUUUUAAUACCACCACGAAUAGCUGCAUCCAGGCUUCUCCUACUAAAGAGUAGGUUGAAUCACUAGCUACAUUUUUUUUGACAUUUGUUUUUAUAUUUCAUCAUUUUUGUUUUUAAACUCUCUGGCUACUUAGACAUCCAGUAUGCAUAUCUUAUUUAUGGAUAUAUUUAUUUUAAACUGUCAUUUAAAAAUGAUCAACAUAUAUGCUUAGAAUAUCACUAUGUCUAAAUUUGUAGACAGAACUGAACUAGUUUGAUAUGUUAGAAUUUUGGAGCGUGAUUUUUAGCACAUGUGGGAAAAAUAUCAGAAUUUGCCUUAAAAAAAAAAAGCAGUGAAUACCAGUUUCAGACAAAUGUUAUCAUUUUUAGCAAAUUUUACAAUUUAGAGGAAUAUUGCUACUUAUGAAUCAACCUACUUUUGAAUAUCAUACCGUCCCAACUAACAGCAUUUUGGACUUGCUCUAGUCUAGAGUAAUAUUAUUUUUGACCACAUGGAGGCAGUUGGUAUUACUGUUUUAAGCAAAACACGUUAAAAAGUGAGAAUUCAAGGUGAAUUUCAAAAUUAAUGACAUAGCUGAAUGGGAAAUAUAGUUGACUUGGGGAAUUUUUCCAGUUUGGCUAUUUUGACCUAAAUUUGACAUUCAUUUUAAAUUCUCACAUUAGUGAUUAACCCUUUUAAUCUUUAAUGAUAGUCGAAUUUCGUUAUGUUCUGCUGGGAGAACUGCCAACAAACUCUAGAUUCAGAGAUUAAAAAGCAGCUUUCCCCCCCUCCUGUUUUUUCAAUUCAGCCUAUGAUGAUCGGCACAGAGAUAAAAAAGAAAGUCUGUACUUGCAUAUCUGUUAUUAGGGAAAACCACCUCUGGGUAUCUCUCCUACUUGCUUUCCUUUAAGGGAAAGCAGUGCCUGUAAGGGGAAGGAGGAACAGGCUCUGCAUGAGAGCAGCCAGCAUCAGCAAUGUGAAAAGAAAAAGCCAUAAUUCAUUAUUGCAGCAGUUUUGGAUAGGCAAUUAGAGAAUAGAGAGAGAGCGAGAACAGAUAUGUUUUAUUUACAUACUAUAAAGCAUAGAGGACUUUUAACCUGUUAUAAGAAGCAAGCCUGUGCUUCUCAAGCAGGGGUAUGCAGGAGAGGUAUCUUUUACGGCAAAUGCAACACCCACUGAAAACUGCUCUCGGCAGGAGUUAAGGUAAUGGAAGUAAAUAUAAAUAAAUAAAUACACGCUUUUAAUAGUACUAAAGGAACACUAUAGCGCUAGGAAUACCGUGAAAAGUGUGACAAAGAGUGUGAGGAUGUCCAGCAUCAUUUCACACGAGACAGUCACUAGAGGCAGUCUUAACUCUUUAAUGUAAACGUUGCCAUUUAAGAGAAGAAACACUUAAUUGUAUAACACGAGCAAAGAUACAUGAUCAGAAAACCUAUGCCUGUUAAGAUAUGUUCACUUUAAUAAAAAAAACAUAGGUUACAAGUUUAGUAACAAAAUGGUUUAAUAAAUCACUAGUAAAAUCCAAAAUAACACAGUAAACAUAUGUCUUGCAGUUGGGUGUAAAAAGGUUUGGUUUUGAUUGUGUUUUGUCUCUUACUCACCCAGUUGCUAUUUUUGGUUAGGUUUUGUCAUUUCAUGAAAUGUAUGCUUAAAUAGCACUAAUGAACUCUGUUUAGAGAUAAGGAAAUCUGCCUUUCUUGGGCUAACAUAGUUACAUUGCUCUUUUUCUGAUAUUUCACAAAGAUGUUAUCCUAAGGCUGUAGUGUUCUCCCUAAUUUAAUUAGAGGCCACCCUAAAUGAAAUUCUAAAAGUGUUUGACUUGCCCUUUUUUCAGUGCCAAGACUCACCUUGUACCACCUCCCACUCCAGUGACGUCUCACAGACAGACUCUUCUUUGUCUUCUUGUCCAAUCUCAUGCUUCUUAUAGAGAAGCAGUGGUGAUGAGAAGUGAAUGUCGGGCAACUGUCAUUCGACAUCCUCAUGCAAUGCGUAAAGAUAUUGAAUGUUACAUAAGCACGCCUGACUCAAAGCACCUCUACUGGCUGUCCAGAAAACAGUGGUCCUUUAAACUUUCCAAAAAUAAAACCUAAAAUACAUGCAACACUGUUAAUUAAAAUGUAGCAAUAUUAGGUGCACUCACCUUUGCAGAACUGUAAUCGUUACUAGUUAAUGUAGAAGACUCCGUACCUCAGCCCAAUCAGUUAGUGAUACUUUAAAAUAAUCUAAUCGUGGGAAAAAUCCAUAUAUAGUGCAGACUAGACUUGUGAUCAAAACACUUUCAGGUGCUUUGAAUGAAUUAAAUACCUGUUAAUUCAGGAUUGCCUCACACGUUUGCCCAUAGAUUAACAGGCAUUUGAUUAAUUCAACACGCCUGAAAAGGAUUUGUGUACAAGGCUAGUGCAGACUGCUAAAAUUAACAAAUACUGCUUAAAGCGCUACGGAAUCUGUUGGUGCUAUAUAAAUGGCAAUAAUAAUGUCAGGGAAAUAUAAGCAUUACAGAGAGCAGCAAAACCGAAGACAAGAUAUAACUCCGUACUAGGAAAACACAAAGAAACACUAUAAAUGCACUAUGCCCAUGAAUGGGCAUCAUACCAGUGGAGUAGUAGGUUUAUAUAGUUGGACUCGGUGGUGUCAUUUCUAUGUCCCCCAAAACAUAUGAGUGCUGCAAAAUUGUGAGCCAAUUGACUCGCUGUUGCCUUCAGAAUGGCGCACAUAUGAGGUAUAACAAAAGGGUUUUAAGGCGCAGCAUUCUGUGUCAAAGUUUGCUCGAAUUGAAGGACUGGAGGGAGGGGUUUUAAAAUAAGGGGGCAGGAAUGAAAUGGCAGAUGUUCACGCUAGUGCUGCAGUUUUUAGUAGGUAAUGUUACAUUUUAUUAUUUAUUGUCAAUUAAUGUUCUCAUAUUGUAAUCUCCAGCUCUAGAAAUGAACUCCGCCAAUUUUUUAAAAUUAAGUCAGUCCUGUGAAAGCCUUAUUACUGUUAAAAAUACUUCUUUAAAAAAAUUUGUGACAUUUUAUAUACUCCUAUAAAUUAUAUUAUACCUUGUUCAGUCUGCACAACCAGACCCUGUGGAGCUUCAGAGACAGCAAGAAUCCCAUCGACGAGCUUUGGCAAAGAAACGAGCCAAGGAAUUGCUGAGAGCCAGAUCACCAGAGCCUGUAGAGGGCCGCAAACACAUUGAUGUACAAACUGGUAUGAGGCAAGAUGGGGACACUAUGCUUAUUGUUUAUGUAUUUAUUUUCAGUUUCAGCUUAUUUUUAUUAACAAAUGCAUGUUGAAUACAUAUUCACAAAGCUGGGUGCUAGAUUCUGAUAAAACUAUUAUGUAAUAAUUGAUAAGAAGAAAUCAACACUCACACGAAAAUUCUGAUUUUAUAUCUUAGACGACUAUUUCAAACACAUUAUUUUUAAAUGGAAAUGUGAUCACCACUCAUGAUCAUAUUGUGCUAAACCAUCCUAUGCCUUAUUGUCCUCUGCAUGAAAGAAGAACCCAGAACAAAUAGUGGUAGAAGAUACAGUUAUGAUAAAAUUGCAGUGUUAAAGCAGAUUAGCUAAAAUUGCAGUGUUAAAGCAGAUUAGCUUGUUUUUAACCAUGUACAGGACUUACGUUUACUGAGAGAUAAGUAAGCAGUAUGUUUCUUUAUAUGCGGUUAGUAGUUUUUUGACUUUCUAUACUUCUAGAAAUAUUUAUACUGAAGAGAUCAAUUGAAUGACAGCACAGUGUAAAUUUUUAGUUCAUCUUAUCUUUGUUGUAAUCCUUCCCAGAGUUAUACUUAGAAGAACUCAGUGAUCGGAUUGAGGAAAAGGACAUGGAAUGCCAAACAGAUGCCUUUUUGGACAGACCUCCCACACCUCUCUUCAUACCUGCAAAAACUGGUGCUGAUGUUGCUACCCAGAUUCUGGAAGGAGAAGUAAUGUAUCUCUAAAUAGAAAAUAUACUUCUAUUGCUUAUAAUAUGCCUUAAGACUUCAAAAGCUUUCAGUUUAACAACACCCGAGCAUACACCUAAAUGCCACCCAGGUCAUAACAAAUUAACAGUGUGAACAUUUUAUGCUGAAGUGAAUUAGUGAAUUGUUAAAAGGACACCCUAAAUAGCAUAACUAUUGUAGUUUAAUUGCCAAAAGAGAAUUGCUGCAUUAAUCUUGAGAGGGAUGUAACAAAAAUCCAGGGUCUCCCUCCCCCUCUUUGACUGCAUUGAUCAUACCUAAUUUACAGUUCCUAUUUCACUGCAGCCCUUCUUUCAGGAAGGUGUCCACCUAUGCCUGCAAUGUGAUUUCUAAUGCCGUUACAAAGGUACGGCUCUCAGUCCUAGAUUUGUCCCAGGGCCAGAGGGAUCAUGCAGCCAGCCAAUCGGUAUGCCAGCUCUGUGGCUGGGAUCCCUAAAAAUCCACACAGGACAUAGUUCCAGAAGGAACUAACAUACUUUAUUUUACUAGCCCAUAUGUCUGUUACAUAAAGCUUGCUGUGACAAACUUAAUAAAAUACAAAUAGCCAAAACAUGUUAGAAAACAUAAAGGAAAUUAUAAUACCAUAACAAUGGUAUAUCCGAUGCUUCUUUACAUUUGCAUCACAAGAGUUUUUAAAGAACAUGGAGUGGGGUUGGCAUGGUUUCACGAUGGAGCUGCAUUUACAUGCAUCCAUAAGUUCCAUUUUCCAUAGCAGAGAACAGUAAGCACAAUUCUAUCAAACCUCGGUUCUUGUACCUGACUUACUGGCUGAUAGUACCAGAUGUCCUAGAGGACUGAAGCAAAACUGCCUUUUUUCUGAACCAAACAUCUACUGCCAAAAAUAUUCAGCAAUGCAGAGCAGGCCCAAAAUAGUGCCUCACCAGACCUGGGAGAAUACUCAGAGCCUUCUUCUCCAAGCUCCCUGAUGGAUGCCCAGCCAGUCACUAAAAUAGAAACAAAAGCUUUUAGUUGAAUUAUCAGCCACACUCACUACCACCAUAACGCUCCAAACCAAUUCUUGCGCUGAGUAAUGGAAAAUAAAUACAUGAUCAAAGCCAGUGAACAGGUCACAGAAGAUGGAUGAAUUUGCAUUGGAACACAGUUGUCUUGCUCUGUUUGCUAGACCGGGCAGUAUAGAGGCAAUGAUCAAAACGCCAGGUGACAUCUCUGGCAUUACUCCCUAUACAGGUCCAGAUUAUACUUCCUAUUUUACUAUGGAUCUUUCCACUAUAAGACCACCAUGGCUCUUUAGACGCUCUUCCACUGAUGGGAGCAUUAAGUAGUGACUGCUCCACCUGCUAGACUGGAGGAGUGAAAUGCUGCUGAGAACAUACUAGCGCAACUUGGUCUUCACACUUAUUGUGUAUUUUGGAAUUGCGAUGUGGAAAAGCGGAUUGAAGGAAAUGUUCACUUUUUUUUAUUUAUUUUUUAUUUGUAUUUUAUUAUUUUCAAAAUGCAAAAUGGGAUACAGAAGGAAAAAGGGUAGGUUAAUAGAGUAUUUUUCACAAUGGUUAGCGUUUGGUAGAACAAAGGACAAUUUUGUUACAUGUAUUCUCUUGUUACAGUAAUAUUUAAAUGCUUGUAUAGUAUAUUCUUAUAUUGGCCUUGUUUGCGCGAUUGCCUUUAUUCUUAUGCGGUUAAAUGUCUAGGUAAUUGUCAAGGUGAGAUGUUCUCUCUUUUACCAUAAGUGUUGUUCCGUAGAGUUGGUAUGGCAUUGUUGGCUACCUUUUGUGUGUACUGUAUAUCUCUUUGUUGUUUUCUCAGAGCAAGUUAUCCCUGAGUAUGUGAGUUAAUAGUGUGAAUUAAUUUGGCUUUGUCCCUGUGGACCACGUGGGUAAGUCGGUGGGUGGUCCCCCAUGUCGGGGUUAGAACUUGGUAUUGGAUGAGGAAGAGGGGGGGCUUGAGUCAUUUGGGGAGGCAGGGGGGGGGGCGAGUGUGUCAAAUUUGCGUUUUUGUCAGUGUUUGAGACUGGGCCUUCAGUAUGCUCACAAUGGGAGCGAUUUCUUUUGUUUUGCCUUUUUGUUACUGGUUCAUUAGCUAUUCGUAUCCAUCCCUCUUGUCUCGUCCACCUCCCCUCCCCAGUCCCCACAGUUCAUGUCAAAUUUGAGGUUUUUUUUGUGGAGAUAGUAUCGCCAUUCUUUCAUAUAUUUUGUACUGGGUAAGUUUGGUUUGGAGCUGAGCUAAAGAAGGGCAGAUGAAAUGUUCACUUUUUUUAUCAUCAUAGAUGAACUUUAUUUUCUUUCCCUCUUUCUCUGCUGCCUGACACAGAUGGACGCUGCCGGCCCCUCAUGAGUUAAUCGAUCAGCUAUCUCUUAUGGCACAAGACCAAGAUAAUAGUGGUUUGUGGGAUGAGGAGGGGGUUUUUGCACAUGUCUCCACUACUUGCCCCCUCUCCCUGGCCUGCCUGGGUUUCCUGAGAUGUGGUGGCAGAUAUUUAUAUAAGUGCUUUGCCUCUUGGACGGUCCUGGUGCAUUGCAGCGUGCCACCGUAGCUGCUUUCCCUGGUGCUGUUCUGUCAUGUUUGUGUGUGUGGGGGGGAUACCUUUCAUAUAAGUGCCUACAAAUCCAUAAAUGCAUGUGCCUUGCCGCGUGCCUGUACCAAAGAUCUAAGAAGGCACUAGCUUACACCAGGCACUAGCUUCCUAAUGACUUAACUGGGUUAGUGGUUCUAGGACCUCUUUCUUGUUUUCCCUUCUUUUCUCCCACUACCACUCACUUUACCUGGGCUGCCAUACCCCUAAUAUUUAGAGAUCCCCAUGGAUUGAAUGCCUUCUGUCUUGGGUUUGGGGAGUAGCUGGACUCUCUCCCAUCCCGACGCAAGAGGCGCCUCUCCUUUGUUAGUUUUCCUACUUCUACCAUUCUCUUUCUCUCUCCUCCUUUCCUAUAGCCUAUACAGUUAUCUUUCUCUCCUACACAUCCCCUUCUUUUUGUUCUAUCCUCCCCUAAUAAAUUACAGCCAUGGCUCCUCCCCUGAAGACUCUCACAUUCUAUAGGAUUAUUGCACAGGGUCUUAACUCCCCUAACAAAUGGCCAAGAGCUCUGUGUGAACUCAGAGCCCUGCAUGCAUGUGGUGUUUUAUCAGGAGAUACACUUUCAUUAGAUAUUACCCAACCAGAAUUUUCGCCAACAACCCAGAGGCUACAACUAAGUGAGUUGCAAUCUCAUUUUCUUCAGACACCCCCUUUCAGGUAGCGCAUGAGACCCAGAGGGAAGAUACCUUUUUGUUUAUAGGGAAGAUUCUAAAGACCUAUAGGUUUGCUAAUAUUUACCUCCCAAGUAGUGGGCAAGACUUCUAGAGUAUUUCAGUAAGGGCAUCACACUAGCAGGCAUCUGAACGUACAACUUGACCCAAGGCCUGACACUUUCUCGGAUGUAUCGCAUAUAUCUGGCUAGGCAUUUCGUGGACUCCUAUACCCCCUCUGUCUCAGCAAUGUACGAAUGAUAGACGUAGCACUAUAGAGGACUUUAACAUAAGUCGACUCUGCUCUCUGUUGACAUGUUUUCACUUCCACUAACUCUCCCGCUUUUUAGCUCGUUUACCUGUCCUACCGACAUUGCUCCGAUCCCCAACCAACUUUAAGUCAUUGUGUCUGCAGACCUCUCUCCCUGCACAUGAUCUCUCUUCUAUACGCAGGCCUGAUCUCGCCCUCCCAAGACGCCCCUUUUUGGUAUAGAACACCAGAGAGAAUGGCUAGAUAUACAUGGGACUAGGAUGCCGAGUGCUGGCAGAGGGGGCUUGGCACAUUGUUUCACUUAUUGUGGGACUGACAAACACACCCAGGUACACAGGUAGCAACAGGUACACAUCAUUCUUGCUACUCUUACAGGUCACCCCAUUUCUCUAACACCUGAACUGUAUUUGCUCCAUAAUCCCCAGAUACCCAUUAGAUCUUACUGCAGGUCAGUACUCCUGUUCUUGGUAAAUUCCGCCCACAAUCUCAUACCAGAGAUUGGAUUGCCAGAGUGGAAGACAUUUAAUCUAUAGAACUAUGCCAGAGGCACUUUGCAGCGAUACAACGCUGUGUGGUUCCACUGGAUGCAAUGGCUGUCCUCAUGGGUGAGCUAGGUAUGUGCAGAUGUCUAAGAGUUAAUUAGCUGUUCUUCAUUCCCCAUGGGUGCUCAUUGGCAAGUGGUUAGCUUCCUGCCCACACCUCCCGCCCCCCCCCUUUUUUUUUUUUCCCCCUCUUGCCCGUUCUCACCCUCCUAACCCCUUUUUUCCUUCUCUCUUGUCGCACCUUUCUUCCUUUUAACAUUUCUGCUUUUGUCAUUGCCUUACCUUUACCAUACAUGGGCAAUAUCUACCUCUGCAGAGCCAGCACAUCCAAAUACAGCCCUGGCCAAUCAGCAUCUCCUCAUAGAGACGCAGUGAAUCAAUGCAUCUCUCUGAGGAAAGUUCAGUGACUCCAUGCAGAGGGUGCAGCACUGCCCCCAGGAAGCACCUCUAGUAGCCAUUUGAGGAGUGGCCACUGGAGGUAUCCCUAGGCUGUAAUGUAAACACUGUUUUGUUUUUUUUCUCUAAAAAUACAGUGUUUACUUCAAAAAGCCAUAAUACAAUAAGUUGUAGUUUUUUCUGGAGACUGUAGUGUCCCUUUAGGAUAUUGGACUUAACUACACUGUAUAUUCUGUGUGCUAUUUUGAUGUUGUGUAAUUAUGCAUGAAUACUGCUGCUUCUAUAAAGCUUUUGAGAAAACAAAAAUGCUACCACUGAGGAUAAAUUUUUAGUGAAAAAUUGAGAUUUCUAUCUAGUCUUCCACCAGAGAUGAUCAACCAAAAAGUGAGGAGAACUGUAAAAAGACAGUCAUCCAUAUACAAGAAAAAAAGAAAAGAGGAGUCUCAGACCUGAAAUGUUCGGCUGUACACUACCAUACUUAGAUACCCAUUAAAAAAUUAAGACUGAGAUUCAAACACUUGUAUUAAGAACCUCCACCAUGUGCCUUAAAAUAAAAAAUAAAAGCUUUACUCACCUUUUUCCAGCACCUGGCUAGUGACCCCAUGCCAUGGAGGAAGCAUGGUAAACUACUGAUGUUUCCAUAAAUAUCUGUAUUACCUGCAUAACCUGUAUAACACUGUCUAAAAUUUGCUAUGCGCAAUGACACAAAGAUGGCAACAUUAAACCAAGUACUGUAAAAUAAAAAAUAAAAACCUGAUGGGUUUUGUAAUUCCAAUACAUAGAGUUAAUCACUCAAAUAAAUAAUUAGGAAAAUUUUAAAUGGUAAAGCAACCUAAAUUAACAAUUGUUUUACUCCCCACAUCCACACCCUAACUAUCCCACUUCAUCCCCAGACUAAAAUCAUUGGCUUUUUUUGUUUACAGAAUUCUAAGCUGGCUUGUCUGUGCUUCUGUUUACAGCUUUUUGACUUUGACCUUGAGGUAAAGCCAAUGCUGGAGGUUUUGAUUGGGAAGACAAUUGAGCAGGCUCUCCUGGAAGUAAUGGAAGAAGAGGAACUGGCAACGCUGAGAGAGCAACAAUGUGCCUUUGAAGAGCUUCGUAACGCUGAGCUUGCUGAGGUGCAGAGGCUGGAAGAGCAAGAGAGACGGCACAGAGAGGAAAAGGUGUGAUUUGUGUAACUUACUGAUUAUUUUUUGGGGGAGGAGAGGGGAUUUUAUUCAUGUUGUUUUCACUGGAAUCUAACCAUCCCAAGAGAAGGUCUUCUCUUGCGUGCUUUCUUUCACCCAUUUUAGACCCUUCUUCCAACCUCUGACCUCUCCAGAUCCCUAUGUAUAGUAUAGAUAUUUCAGAUACCUUUGCUUACUUCAAAUUACAUUUCCAACGUCUUGUUUUGUGGUGCAUUUGCAUACUGCAAUGUGUUUGUCUUAAAUAUAGAUAAUUAGCUAAAUAGCUAUGUCUCCCACAAUUUGUUUUACAUUUUAUUUAUUUUUAAUAUUAACAGACCAUUAUAAUGACAUAUAUUUUAUAUAUGUAUUACAGUGCAUAGGUGGCUGAAAAUUAUUCUCUGGUGAGAACCACAUAUACCUAUACAGAUUCUAAGCUGUUUAUUGGAGUAAAUUAUUAGAAAUGGAUUCACCGAUAUAUUGUCUGUUCUGUACUCCUGCCUCCUUCUUUAUCUCUUCAAAGCUAUUGUUCCUUCCUUCAAGCAUCUACAUAAUCUUCCCCAGAUAUGUGAGGUCUAGAAGCUAAGAAGAAUAUGAAUAUAUAUAUAUAUAUAUAUAUAUUUUUUUAAAUUGUUUUUGUUUGGUUUUUUUUGUUUUUUUGCUACACCACCACUGGUGCCACACUUCCCUGACUUUAAAUGCACAUUUUGUUUCUGGACCAAUUUCUAUGCCUUUCAUUCCUUUUUCAAUUUAUUAUAGAGGUAAUGCUUAAAAAUAUAUAAAAUGUUAAAAUAAAAUAAAAAAUACAUCAUAAAGUCAGAAAAACGUUAGCUUAAUGAAGCAGUUUUGAUGUAUAGAUUAUGACUCUAAAGUCUCACUGCUCAAUUCAUUACCAUUUAGAAGCAAAAUCAUUUUUGAUUCUGUUUAUGCAGCCAUAGCAACAUAUACACUGGCUGUGACUGACAUGGCCUGCACGAAAAAAACUUGUGUAUAGAAGAGUUAAGGAAGGCUGUGUAAGUCACAUGCAAGGAGGUGUGACUAAGGCUGUAUAAACAAAGUGCUUGAACUCCUAAAUGGCAGAUAUCUGAGCAGUGAGACUAUAGGGGCAUGAUCUAUACACCAAAACUGCUUCAUUAAGGCAACGUUACUUUGGUGAUUAUAGUGUCCCUAAAAUGUGUAACUUACCAGCAGAUUACUGUUAUCCUCUGUCGUUUCACAUUCAGUUAGUGAGUGGUUGAACUAUCUUGGGCAAUUUAUGGCCUCCAGUUGAAAUCCGCACCACCCAUAAUGCCAACAGGCAGUUGGUCCCCCAAGGAAUGUAUUGCACGAAGGAGGCUUUUGUGUCAUCUCUUUUCUUAUCACAGUCUCUGUUCCAAAUUAAAAUUUAUUUUAUGGGAGUUACGUUUAUUUUUCUCUGUUUUACUGACAAAUUGAAUACUUAUUCCAAAAUUAUGUACGUUUUUACUACCACUAUAUUUACUGCAUUUAAUGCCCCUUUAAUUCUCAUUUUAUAUUGCUUUUUCUUGGAUUUCUUAUCUUUAUUUUCCUGUUGUCCUACCAUGUAUCUUCAUGUGUUUCUGUGCCUGUCCUGUAUCCUCUUCUCCUUCUAGCACUUUCUCCAAUCAAUAACUUGUUCAUUGUUCACCUCUCUCCUAGUAAGCACCACAGUUUCCAGCUCUUUACACUCCAUUCCAGUGUUCUCUCCCACACCAAAAUGUUUUCCUUCCCUUACAUAUGGUUUAUUCUUCCCACACUCACAGUGAAAGGAGAGGCACAAGGAAUGGGCACCAAUAGAUAUAGGCUAGGUUUUGGAGGGGUGUGGAGAAUGUACCUGCUGGUCAUAUUGACAGGGCUGCCGAGUGGGUACACUAUAAGGGUUUGAGCCAGGUGACAGGGCCGGAGAACAGAUUUGAGUCCCAGGUCGACCAAAAAAUAUAAGGAAGUGGUGCUCUAAAUAGUUAAUCUUUGUGUAUUAGACUAUUAAUUGCACAAAACAUUCUUCUAAUUUGUUACAUAUUUUUUGUACUGUUUCUAAGUAAAAUAAAGGCAUAUGCAACACAUAUAAUUUAUUUUAUUUUGUUAUUUUUCAGGAAAGGCGCAUGAAACAGCAACGUGAAAUGCUUCUCAAGGAGAAGGAAACUGCAGAGAAAGUUGCAGCCCGUGCAUUUGCACAACAGUAUCUUGCUGAUCUUGUUCCUUCUGUUUUCAGCAGCCUUAAGGAAAAUGGUUAUUUUUACGACUCUGUAGAAAGAGGUAUUUUCACUUAUAAUUAUUAUUUAUUUAAGUUAAAUUUUUACUGCAAAAUGACAUAAGAACGUUCCAUGCAAUCCUUAAAAAAGUGGUAUUUUUAUGGUAUAAGGAUGGCAUGGAACAUCCUUUGCUUUUGAAGCAAGCAGGGUUAAAUCCCUGCUUGAACCAAGGAGACCCAGUCAUUAAUCAAUAUGUGGGGAAUUAUUUAGUGGUCCCUGUCUGAUAGAUGAGCUGAAUGCAGUACUUAAAAUGAACACUGCAUGUAGCCCUUUAAAUCAAAGUGACUGAAUGAUGGUGUUCAGCCGCUGUGAUGCCCCAUACAGAGGGAAACCUCCAGGAUCUCCCUGCAUGCCUCCUCCUGCCAACAACAAUCGACAAUGGGCUGUGCCUGCUCUCCAGCACUGAUAACAUGGUGAAUGGCAGGGACAACAUGCAGGAGCUGCAGCAUGAGAGGAAGAUCUACCUCUCAUGCUGCAAUCACUCACUAAAGAACCCUCUUUACUGUGUGAGCUGGAAAAUCCCUCUGCUGAUGUUUGUACUGAUGUCAGCAGAUGGAAUACAUCUGAGUUAGGGUUAGUUAGGCUAGGGUUAGGCUUAUAGAGGUAGGGUUAGUGUAAGUAAAGGGUUAAUGCUGGGUUAGGGUUUAUGCUCCGUUAGGAUGAGUGUAGAGAUAAGGAUAUGGUAUGUGUAUUGUUAGGGGUAGGGUUUAUUUAGGGCUAAGGUAAAAUCUAUGUUGAGGUUUAUUCCUGUAGUUGCACUUUAUUUGUAAAAAAUAUUAUAAGUAAAACUGUAAAAAAAGUGUCAUGUUGGACGGUUGCCUCCGCCCUUAAAGGGUAAUUGAUGAGCAGUAAUAUUUAUGAAAUCAUGUUGUGUUUAGGGGUUCAGUGCUUGUAUAAUGUGAACCAUAACUUAUAUCUGCAUGCAAUUGUCUCAUCUGUAUCUGCUGUCUGUCAAAAAGAGAAUCAACACAGAGAUUUUUUUUUUUUUUUUACAUUGGUAACUUAUAUUUAACUGUUCAAGGUUCGCAAAGUCCUAACUAGCCAGGCCUAAAAUAACUCACCAGCUCAAAUGUCUACAAACAUUUAUAUGUUUGUAAGGCAGUGUUGUGCAUUGAUGUGUAGGAAUAACGUGUUUUAAUGUAUGUGUGGUGGGUCAGUGUGCCGUGUGAGUGCAGAGCGCAUUUCCUUUGGAAGAUUAGUGUGUAAAUGUGCAGAGUGAUAGGGGUAACAUGAUGAUAGAGCUAGCUCAUGAUGGUUCAAUUAUUUUACUAUCAAAACUUUUUAAAUAAAUGUGAUGUAUUAAUUCAUUUGGAGUGUUUAAUUUUUUUAAUGUUUAAGUUCAAACUUUUUAUAAAUAAUUAUAAUUUUUUAAUACAAGUUUAGGCCCAAACAUGUCCUUAUCAAAUUUUGUAUUGCAUAGAUGUUGAAACCGUAUUCAUGCCGUGGUUGAUGGAAGAGGUGGAGAAAAACCUUCAGAAGAAUAACUUGGGAAGAACAAUGCUUGACUGUAAGUCAUAAAUUAUAUUCUUAAACAAUUCAAAAAAUUUAUCAAAGUGUUGUGUUCUGCAAAAAACAGAGUAUUACAGUGAUACACUAGUUUCCACAAUGUUUGUAACAGGCACGUUCCAUUGGUAACUCUUCCCCUUUUACAUAUUUGUGACACUUUUCAGAACAUGACUCUUAGCAAGUCCUAUUGAUGCACUGAAUAAAUUGUACUAAACCUUAGAAGGAGGAGGCUGUUUAAUGUACUUUCUUGGACUUCAACCCCGCAUUUUAAUUUUGUUUUGUUAUUGCCAUUUAACAUUUGAAUUGACCACUCUUAACAUAAGUGACUUCUUCCUCAAGUCGCGUUAGCCUGGCUACAAUCAGAGAAAAACUACACCAAAAUGAAGAUUAGUGUUGUAUCCAUUCUAGUAAGUUAGUCAUUUUUAGCUAGACACUUUUUUUUUUUUUUCAUGUCCAGUACUUUAAAAUUAGCUUACGAAAGUAUCCAAUUGAGAUUUAUCUUUCUAAUCAUAAUAAUAUCAUAUGAUAUAUAAUCAUAUCAUAAUUAUGACUUAUUAUAGUCAUAACUAUACGCACUGUGUAACAGUAAUUUUCUUUUAAUUUCAGUGUUAAUACGAGAAGUUGUGGAAAAGCAUAUUGAUGACUUCAGCAAAAUGGAAUCCCAAGAUAAAGCACCAUUGGACAUUGCGCCACAAGCAAGUGGUAGGUAUUAAAAGGUGGCAACAUGUGUAACAGCUAUUGUUAAAUUAUCUAUAUUUUUUCAAAUAAAAAAAUGUCAGUGGUAUUACCAUUACUUUUUUAAUUUAUUGUUGACUGUUUAGAUCUUUUACAGUGUCCUUUAAAACCUUUCCCCAGAUCUAAGAAUAAUCCUACUGUUAAAAAUGACAGUCACUAAUUUAUUAACUUACCUACAUCAAUGCAGCAUUCAUUUCAAUAUUGGUUUGUUGGUAAGUCAUGUGGUUUGAAGGGACAUGCCAAACGCCAAAACAACUGUAGCAUAAUGAAGUGGUUUUGGAGUAUAGAUUAUGCCUUUGUAGUCUGUUUAGUUCUCUCCCAAUUAGGAAUUAAAUCACUAGACCGAGCCACUCCUUAUCAAUGGGGGCCAAAUCAGCCAUGGAGUGUAAAUAGCACAGCACAGUUAAAAUUUAAAAACUUUAUAGGUACCUUAAUUCAGUGGUUGCCUACUACUUACAAACGUAAUAUUCUAGCACCACCUGACAUUCUAGCCAAAUCUUAAACGUUUUGCAGAAUACUGCACCAUAUGCCUGCCUCUACAGACAUACCUCUCACUCCAGAAAAAUACUUCUUUAUCUAAGAUAUCCACACAGCUCACCAAAGCACCAAGGGAGGCAUAUGGUAAAGAUAUCACUUCCUGUUUGUAGUUUCUCUGACUGUCUGCAGUCAGGUUGUGAAAAAAGCCGCUCACUAAGUAUUGUUGGGGCUGAGACUGUGUGCAUACUUUUGAUAAGAAAGUCUUUCUGGCAUGAGGGAGUUAUGGCUAAGGAGGCAGGCUUAUGCAGCAUUAUGCAAAACAUUUAUUUAUUUGUGCAAAUGCCAUAAUUAAAAAAAAACAAACAAAAAAAAAACAAAAAGAGCUUGCAAUAAAUACAGCAUAUUAAUGAGGCCACAAUCUAUCAAAUGCAUUAAAGUUGUAUUGAUGUUCCUCUAAGCGGAUCUCUGAUUAUUGCUAUUUACAAAAACAAACAGUAAUUGGUGAUUAUCAUCUGAUUACAUUUAAAGCGACACUCCAGACCUCAGAAGCACAGUAGCUUGCUAAAAUGCUUUGUGUGGGGGCGUGGCUCACCGCCGAGCAAGAUGGCCACAUAGAAUUUUGCUCCGGCACAUGGGCUCCAGAACGAAUGACAACCAAUAUAGCAGAAAUCACUCCAAAAUCAACGUGUCUUAGCAUAAGAACAAAAAAGCCUCCUUGAAAAACGACAAGCAAAACUUUUUCGGCCACAAACCGACAAACUUACCGAGCGGCUGGCCCUACGUGACAGCACUGAGAGCGUGCCACAUGGCCUCUCCAAAUACACCGCUGCCACCUGAAAGCCUUGCCAAAGACUUCUUCAAGCGCGCAAUGGAAGCUAUGUCCACCAAGCUAAUUACCUCGUGGUAAUCCACUGCAGAUCAACUGAAGACAAGUCUUAUGCCUCACUAAUAGAGUGACCCGCGUGGAAAAGGAAUGCAAAGAACUAACCUCUGCACAAAAUAAGAUGGCUGACCACAUCCAAGCCCUGGAACACAGGCUGGAGAUAAUGGAAACUCGUAUGGUGGAUGCCGAGGAAAGGGUGUGACAAAAUAACCUGCGCCUAAGAGGAGUCCCUGAAACCAUACUGCCAAGUGACCUCCAAGUAUAUCUGAGGGGCCUCAUGCACACCUAUGCACCGGGAAUACCUGCAGACUUGCUGCUUGUGGACAGGGUCCCCAAACCGAAAUAUCUUCCGGACACAACGCCCCACCGACGUCCUUCUCCGGGCACAUUACUACCACAUAAAGGAGCUGGUUCUUUGAUUCAGCAGAAGCAAGCCUGACCGGCAUAAGGAGUACAAAAGCGUACGCAUACGAGAAUUCAACCAAGUCACGGCUGACCUGCGGAACCACGGAAUCCAGAGGCGGAGAAAUAAUCACUAUCCACACCCCAGAACAAGGGAUAGCUCUGCUGAACGAAUGGGGACUGAGGACCAAGUGACCCUCGAGUGCUGCACACUCCCUGCUCCACAAUACAUCACCUGGCACAGCGCAGGCUCAUGAACUGCGCCGCUCUGUGAGUCCUUCAUAAGUCGCUAGUAUCACCUUGCUAAGCAUAUAUUUCAGCCUAUUAUAUAUUUGUUUUGGUUAACUCGUAGCUAUUAGUAAAAUCUCACAGUAAGUAUGUUCAAUUGCCACAGUCAUAAUUUACACAGUAUAUAUGGGGACAGGCCUGAGCCCAGAACCUCUGACCACCCGCUAGCAGACCUUACAAAGCCACUGUGACCAACCCACAACCCAUAUUGCGAGUUAUACAUGCUUAAAAGCGCGGCCAUAGCCGGGGCAAAUGACUGCGGUUGUGCGGCCUGGGAUGGAGUAGAUGCAGACAGGGGAGGCCACCUGGCGGCCCUGAUCCAAGACAUGAGCUGGUCCCGGGCACUAAAUCAAACAAAUGGAUACUGUAGGUUCACUCUAACGGGGACUGUCUCUGCGCUAGCAACGCUCAAUUCUGUUGAAGCCCGCUCAACUUCACUUGAGGAAACAUGGGGGACAUAGGACCUAGCCACCUAACCGAUCCAGCAUAGAUCCCUACUACCCACUCCCUAGGCCGCAACAUAAGUGACUACUUCCUCAAGUCGCGUUAGCCUGGCUACAAUCGGAGAAAAACUAUACCAAAAUCAAUAUUAGUUUUGUAUCCAUUCUAGUAAUUUAGCCAUUUUUAUCUAGACACUUUAUUUUUUUUAUUUUUUUGUGUGUCAUGUCCAGUACUUUAAUAUCAGGUUACGAAAGUAUCCAAUUGAGAUUUAUCUUUCUAAUCAUAAUAAUAUCAUAUGAUAUAUAUAUAAUCAUAUCAUAAUUAUGACUUAUUCUUACCAUUAAUUUUGCGUUACUUCAUAACUAUACGCACUGCGUAACAGUAAUUUUCUUUUAAUUUCAGUGUUAAUACAAGAAGUUGAGGAAAAGCUUAUUGAUGACUUCAGCAAAACGGAAUCCCAAGAUAAAGCACCAUUGGACAUUGCGCCACAAGCAAGUGGUAGGUAUUAAAAGGUGGCAACAUAUGUAAUAUCGCUAUUGUUAAAUUAUCUAUAUUUUUUCAAAUAAAAAAAUGUCAGUGGUAAUACCAUUACUUUUUUAAUUUAUUGUUGACUGUUUAGAUCUUUUACAGUGUCCUUUAAAACCUUUCCCCAGAUCUAAGAAUAAUCCUACUGUUAAAAAUGACAGUCACUGAUUUAUUAACUUACCUACAUCAAUGCAGCAUUCAAUUCAAUCUUGGUUUGUUGGUAAGUCAUGUGGUUUGAAGGGACACGCCAAACGCCAAAACAACUGUAGCAUAAUGAAGUGGUUUUGGAGUAUAGAUUAUGCCUUUGUAGUCUGUUUAGUUCUCUCCCAAUUAGGAAUUAAAUGGAGCUGCCCAUUGCAAACGCCCAACAAGUGAACCAAACUGCACUAUACACAGUGCGAUCAACUGGGCACACAGGGGUACAUGUACCCAACUAAUACACUCUUGUGUCUCAGGGGGAAGAGUUGUUGACUUUUGGGUUGCUCCCAAAGGGCCACCCACCUCACAAACGUUCUACAAUUUUAUCUUAAAAAAUAAAUAAAAAUAAGAUAUAUUUAUAUAGUUUUAUGAAAUGAUUUCUGCUUCACUAUGCAAUCCACAAUGGAGCCCAAGAAGCCACCCAUUAGGAAUAUUCUACUCCUAACACCCACGGUAUAACUUCUGUACCCUGACCACCAGAGGUCGUUUAUACAUAAACACCACCUGAACGCAGUUGGUGCCUCGACAACACCAGACCAUAAUACACGCAAAACCAUACAUCCAGACCAUGAAGAUAUACUCUCAUAAUACCAGAGGCCUAACCACCCCUCAUAAAAGGCGUGUGUUGAUAGAGGACGCCAAGCCCAACAAAGCAGAUAUAGUGUGCGCACAGGAGACGCACUUCGUCACAUCUAGAGUUCCCAUGUUUGGGCUAAAGGACUACCCAACACAAUACCAUGCAACUUACUCCUCCAAAUCUAGAGGGGUCUCCAUCCUCUUCCACAAUUCACUGACGGUCGAAAUAUUUACUAUCAAAAAAGACAGCCAGGGAAGGUAUCUAAUACUCUCCAAUAUAUCAUCUUAGGAAUAUAUAGCCCAAACAACCACCAAAGAAAUUUCUUGCACAAGGUCUUAGGGAAAAAAACACACCUUAGACUCCCGAGUAGACAUAACCAUACCACACAGCUCACACAGAUAAACAACCCUCACAGCAAACUGCAAAGCACUCACAAGACUACUCAUGGAGCAUGGGCUGUACGGUGCCUGGAGAACACAGCACCCGUCUGACAGCGACUACUCCUACCACUCGGCAGUGCACAAGAUCUACUUCAGAAUUGAUCUCAUUCUAGUAUCUGGAACGCUCCUUCCCCACAUCUCCCACUGUGACAUAAGCAACAUAGUCUGGUCUGACCACGCCCCAACCACCAUGGCCCUAGGGAACCACUACCAACACAGAGGCAAACCUCCCUGGCGCCUCAACGACACUCUCUCUUGCAGGACACCCACUUUACCAAACAACUAACAGAACACAUCCAAACAUAUUUCAAGCUCAACGCUACCCCGGACACCAAUAUCACCUCUACCUGGCAAGCCCACAAACCAGUAAUUAGGGUCCUACUGAUUAGUCGAGCCACGUAUCAAAAAAAGUGUUCACAGCUACAACAUCUCACUCUAUUACGAAAACUGAGGGACACCACCAAUGCACACUUCCUACAACCCUCAGACGAAGGUAAUAGCCAAAAUAACCUACCGUAUCACUGAACUAUCCCUGAACUAUCCCUGAACAAGACCACACACAUACUAACUAAAUUGAAACAGAGAACCUACUCCCAAGACAAUAAGCCGGGAAAACCCUAGCUAACAUGCUCUGCCAAAAACAAGCCAAUUCCAGAAUUCCCUAUCUGGGCACCGGUACAAAACUACAUAACCCCUAAGAUAUUAAUGAAGAAAUGGCAGCAUACUACCACAAACUCUACAGUCUUAAAGAGGACAGGGCCUUACACCCAUCGAACACCCAAGAAUCACAAACCUACAACUCACAACAUUACCAACCCUGACAGAUACGCAGGCAGCAGCUAUACAAGAACCUAUCACCACACAAGAAAUCAUAGACACAAUUCAGGCACUCCCGUCUGGGAAAUCCCCAGGCCCAGAUGGACUUUCAAACUUGUAUUACAAAUAAAUCACCCCUUCCCUCGCACCCCACCUAGAGGCAAAAUUUAACAAAAUUAUCCGCAAAGGCACCAUGCCCCCAGACAUGCUAAUGGCACACGUGGCCACACUUCCGAAACCGGGCAAACCACCGACUAGAAGUCAGAACCUCAGACCUCUAUCUCUGUUAAACAUGGACUUCAAACUGUUAGCCAAAAUAUUCUCUAAUUGUAUAGCGCCACAUUAUCCUUUCGCUAAGAGGUGAGGACCAAGUGUGCUCCAAGUGAGGUCUCACCAGUGUUCUGUACAAUGGCAUGAACACUUCCCUCUUUCUCCUGCUAAUACCUUUCCCUAUACAAAUAAGCAUUCUGCUAGCAUUUCCUGCUGCUCUAUUACAUUGUUUUCCUACCUUUAAGUCCUCAGAAAUAAUCACCCCUAAAUCCCUUUCCUCAGAUGUUGAGGUUAGGACUCUAUCAAAUAUUCUGUACUCUGCCCUUGGGUUUUUACGUCCAAGAUGCAUUAUCUUGCACUUAUCCACAUUAAAUAUCAGUUGCCACAACUCUGACCAUUUUUCUAGUUUACCUUAAUCAUUUGCCAUUUGGCUUAUCCCUCCUGGAACAUCAACUCUGUUACAUAUCUUAGUAUCAUCAGCAAAAAGACAUACCUUACCAUCAAGACCUAUAGCAAUAUCACUAAUAAAAAUGGGAGAAUGGGUCCAAGUACAGAUCCCUGAGGUACCCCACUGGUGACAAGCCCAUGCUUCGAAUAUACUCCAUUGACUACAUCCCUCUGUUGCCUGUCAUUCAGCCACUGCCUUACCCAUUCAACAAUAUUAGAAUCCAAACUUAAAGAUUGCAUUUUAUUGAUUAAAGAUUAAAGCCUUCUAUGUGCAACAGUGUCAAAAGCCUUACUGAAAUCUAGCUAAGCAAUGUCUACUGCACCACCCUGAUCUAUUAUUUUAGUUACCCGAUCAAAAACAUCAAUAAGACUAGUUUGGCAUGAUCUCCCUGAAGUAAACCCAUGUUGUCUCUGAUUUUGAAAUCCAUGUGUUUUUAGAUGUUCAACAAUCCUAUCCUUUAACAUGGUUUCCAUUACUUUCCUCACUACUGAAGUAAGGCUUGCUGGCCUAUAGUUGCCCAACUCCUCCCUACUACCUUUCUUGUGAAUGGGCACAAUAUUCGCUAACUUCCAAUCUUCUGGGACUACUCCUGUUAACAAUGAUUGGUUAAAUAAAUCAGUUAAUUAUUUUGCUAGUACACCACUAAGGUCUUUUAAUAACUUUGGGUGUAUUCCAUCACGGACCAUUGACUUAUUUGUCUUUACUUUUGACAGUUGAAAUAUAACCUCUUCCUCUGUAAACUCAGAUGUAACAAAUUACUAAUUUGUCCUUUUUACUAAAUGAGGCCCCCUUUCCUUCAUUUUCAUCUGUAAAUACUGGACCAAAAUAUUCAUUGAGGCAGUCAGCUAGACCUUUAUCCUCUUCUACAUACCUUCCUUCCUUUUGUUUUUAAUCUAACUAAUCCUUGUUUUUCUUUCCUUUUCUCAUUUAUGUAUCUAAAAAAUUUCUUGACCUUUUUUUUUUACGGACUGUGCUAUUUGCUCUUCUGUGUGUGAUUUGGAAGCUCUUAUAACUUGCUUAGCCUCUUUCUGCCUAACCUUAUAGAUCAUUCUGUCUUCCUCACUCUGGGCUUUUUUACAAUUACUAAAUGCUAACUUUUCGUUUUUUACUAUUUUGGCCACAUCUGCAGAGUACCACAGUGGUUUCUUGAAUUUGUUUGCUUUUACUGACAAGCCUAAUGCAAUUUUCUGUUGCAUUCAGCAAUGCAACUUUUAAAUAAUCCCAUUUCUCUUGGACUCCAUUUAAAUUGCUCCAGUCUGAUAAUGACUCCUUUACACAUAUUCUAAUUUUAGAAAAGUCUGUUUUUCUAAAGUCUAAAAUGUUUGUGUGGUGUGACUCAGUCACUGUUCUUAUGUAAAACCACACUGACUGAUGAUCACUGGAUCCUACAUCUACAGUAAUAUCUGAUACCAAAUCUCCAUUUGUUAACCCUAAAUCUAGUAUGGCCUCUUUAUGAGCUGGCUCCUCAACGACUUGUUUUAGAAACAAUCCCAGUAGGGAAUUUAGAAUAUGUCUGCUCCUGGCACAAGCCGCAAUUUUGGUUCACACCAAUUCACAUCAGUAAGAUUAAAGUCACCCAUGAUAACUUCCCCCUUCAUUGUCAUUUUAGCUAUUUCCUCAAGUAGUAGAUUAUCUAACUCUUCUAUUUGUCCUGGGGGCCUAUAAAUCACACCUACGCGACUUACUGUGUGAUUACCAAAUUUUAACGUAACCCAAACAGGCUCUAUGUUCGCUUCACUAACUUUUAUUAGGCUAGAUUUUAUGAUAUCCUUCACAUACAGGCAGUGGUGUAGCCUGGUUUUGUGCUGCCCUAGGCAGGACAAAUCUCAACGGUCACUUGUAGGUAAUAUUUGUCGUCAAAAAUAAAAUAGUUGUGCGUUAAGACAAAUGUUAAAAGUGAUAUAAUAAAGUUUUUUGGGGGAUUGUCGUAUGAUGCAUGAUCCAAGAAAAACUUGCAAUCUGAGAUGCCCUUGUCAUGGGGUAUAUUGCUAUAUAGGGAGACAACAUCGAGGCUGGCCAGUAAGGUGUAUGGUGGAACUUGAAGGCUUUCUAAUGCCAAUAAUGUAUCCUUAGUGUCUUGGAGGUAGGAUGGUAACUCUUUUACUAAGGGAUGAAGGAUACUGUCCACAAAUUUGCUGGGUCUUUCUGUAAGGCAGCAAUUACCAGAAAAUAUUGGUCUGCCCGGAGGGUCCAUGAUGUUCUUCUGGACCUUGGGUAGACAAUAGAAAGUAGCCACAGUGGGGUUGUAGUUGGGCAAGAGAUAAUUUAAUUCUUGUGAGGUAAUGAGUUUUUUUUUUUUUUUAACAGCCAGGAUAGAAAUUUCUGGAAAUUAGAAUAUUUAAUCUAUAAAUGUUCUAGUUAUACCUUUAGCAUAGGCAUAGAUUAAACCGUUUACCUGAAGCAGAUCUUCUCAUUCUUGUCUUUCUCUGUUACAUUGCAAAAUGUGUCCAUUCUAAUAUUAAUGAAUAUAAACAGGGUUUUUCAAAUUCUGCUACUUUGGUUUUAAAUUUGCCUAUGUUCAUUUAAAGCAUUAUAUGUAAUACUAUUCGUUCAUAAAGAAAUAAUGUGACACUUUUGUUUUUCUUUUAUAGGAACAUCAGACUAA